UUUUCAUUUAAGAAAUUUGUUAAGAGCAGAAAGGAUUGUGUCCGUUUUCGUCUUAAAAAAAAGAUUAAAAAUUAAUUUAAUUGAAAUCAAAAUAAAAACACACAUUUUAACAAACUGCUGAAAGUUUUAAUUCUUCUAUAAAAAUUGUGCAAUUUAUCUCGAUUUGCAAAAAGAAAAACAAAAAACUCUUAUAACUUUACAAGUCAAUAUACAUAAGUGUUGAAAAUUUAGUUAAAUUUUCCCCCCAUCAGUAUCUCACGACUCCGUUUAGAGAGUUAAUAAAAUUGAUUAAAAAAAUAAGGAUAAUCUUCUUUAAGUGCACAUAAACCAAAUACACACAAAUAUGUCCUGGCAAGGGAGCGCUCCACCAUAUUAUCAAGAUCCUAACAACCAACAGUAUUAUGGACCCGGUCAGGGGGGAUAUCCACCUCCAGGAGGUUAUCCACCACAGGGUGGAUAUCCACCACAAGGAGGAUAUCCACCACAGGGAGGUUAUCCACCGCAGGGUGGAUAUCCACCACAAGGUGGAUACUAUCCACCACCCCCACAGGGUGGUUAUGCCCCACAACCUGGCUUUAUUCAACCACCUCCUGCAGGUGGUGGCUAUGGCGGCUUCGGUGGUGAUCCUGAACAAGAUGUCAAGAAUUUUUCAUUUGAUGAUCAGAGCAUACGAAAGGGAUUCAUUCGUAAGGUCUACCUUAUAUUGAUGGGUCAACUUAUGGUUACAUUUGGAUUUGUGGCAUUAUUUGUUUACCACACACCGACACAACAAUGGGCUUACAGGAACAGUUGGUUAUUCUGGGUGGCUCUGGCUAUGCUUUUUAUUACAAUGAUAUGUAUGGCUUGUUGUGAAGGAGUACGACGACAGACACCAACGAACUUUAUUUUCCUGGGAUUGUUUACAUUAGCUGAGUCUUUCCUUAUGGGUGUAACAUCUUCGCGAUACAAGUCCGAUGGGGUUAUGAUAGCUAUUGGAAUCACUGCAGCUGUUUGUCUGGCGUUAUCUAUUUUUGCUCUACAAACAAAAUAUGAUUUCACCAUGUGCGGUGGUGUUCUACUCGUGGCUAUGGUAAUCUUCUUGAUUUUCGGAAUCGUGGCUAUUUUCUUCCAAGGAAAAAUAAUGACGAUGGUAUACUCAUCAUGUGGUGCGCUUCUAUUUUCUGUGUAUCUUAUCUACGAUACUCAGUUAAUGAUGGGUGGAAACCAUAAGUAUUCCAUCAGUCCAGAAGAAUACAUAUUUGCAGCUCUUAAUCUCUAUUUGGACAUCAUUAACAUUUUCAUGUACAUCUUGGCUAUUGUUGGAUCACGGGAUUAAUCGAAUAAUAAUUGAAUAAAAGCGAAUUCCUUAAAUGUUAUAUGAAUUGUUUUCUGCCUGAAUUUUAUUUUAUUUUUUGUUUGUUUACAAAAAUUAAUAAUUUAUUAUUUUUAAUUUUGUUUAUUGUUGCUUUUUUUUUUAAUAUAUAUUUUGUUAAAAAACAUUAUUUGAACUGAUUUUUCUUAAAUUUAAUAAUAAUAAAAUGUAUAAUAAAGUUUUUGAAGGGUCUUGAUUUUGUGUAAGAUUGAAUUAUUAUUUUUUUGUUUUUUCUACCUAAAUGUGUAAGAGAAAUUUAUAUAAUAUUAUAAUUAAUAUAGUUAUAUUUAACACUAUUUAAAAAAAAUAAAUAAAAUAUUGAUGAAAACACCAAUUUUUGUCCCAAAAUAUAUUAAACAUUGUAAUUUCCUAUGUUUUGUUAGUUCCUUUUUGAAUGAUGAAUCGUUGAAUGUCUUUUAUGGCAUUCCUCAUAAUUCCAUUUCCUAAUCCACAAAAAAAUAUUUAUUAAUAUAAAUGCAUAAUGUAUGUUUGUUAAAUAUAAUCUAUUUAGCAAUGAGUUGAGGAAAAAAAAAAUUAAAUUUAGGUUUAAAGGAACAUUGAAAAUGGUUAAACAUGCUAACAACCCAAAGGAGAAAGAACCUUAGAAUUAAUAUUCAAACCAAUAAUGGUUGAGCAAGAAGCAUUAUCACAGUCUUUAACGGGUUUAAUCAAUACAAAUUCAUGGCAAAUCCUUAGACUGAGAUAAUUCUUUUUGCAUACCACCCAAUAAAUAACAAUAAGAAACAAAAUAAACAAAAAAAAAAAAAAAAAAAUCUA